UGGCCAUGUACAGGGAGCCGUCCCUCCAUGACCUGACAGAACUCUCGCGCUCGGGCAGCGGCACGCCGACCAAGAGCCGCAGCGCCUCGGCCCUUCUCAACGGCGGAGGGAAAACACCCAGCAACAAUGACUUAUCCUAGCCUCUCAACACCCCUCGAAUACACAUACUCACACACACACGCAUACACACAAAUCUCAGGCCAACAUUCCCCCACACACCAGGCUUGUGAGGGGUGGAACACACAAAAAAGAGUGAGGAGAAAACGAGGGGAGCGAGACAAGAACGUGCUCUUCCACUUCUAGAAGCCCCGCCCCCCCCUGUGUCUGACUGUGAUGUAAAUAAAUCAAGGACAAUCAAUCCUUUUUUUAUUUUAUUUUUUGUGGGGGGAGGGGGGAGGUUGUGGGAGCAGAGSGACAGGACCUGUGAAUCUACUCCCUCGUACUCCUCCUGCUAACCUGAGAGGGAGGGAAACACAAAGGGACAGAGGGAGCCCCUCAGUCAGUCACACACGAAGAUAAAACAGACUGUUACAGAGAACCAAAGAGUCCAAGUGUUUAACAAGGUUAAUGCUACGGAGAAAAAAAAAA